UGAUCUCUCUCAGUCAGAGGCAGAGCGCCUUCAGCGGCCGGACUACACUUCCCGUGAUGCUCGGGGCGCCGCGGCACAUGCGCAGUGCGGAGCGGCUUGAGUUGUUUGUUCCAAUGUAGCAGCAGCUGCUUUUUUUUUUUUUCUCCCCUCUGCGCUCCGGAGCCGCUUCUGUUCCCGAGUCUUCCUGAACUCAUUGAGCUUCUUCUUCUCCCCCCUCCUCCUCCAAAGCUUUCCCCUUGUCCGUGUCCAGCCCGGUGUAGUCCCUCCUCGCUCCCAGCAGCAGUCCUGUCACACAUGAUCCACAAAUGAGAAGGAGAAAACGAUGGAACUGCAUAUUCUAGAGCACAGGCUGAAAGUAGCCAGCAUAGCCAAUGACAACAUCCAGCUGUUUACCUAUGGACUCAUCAAACUUGCCUUCCUCUCCUCCAAGACAAGGUGCAAGUUCUUCAGUCUUACAGAAACUCCGGAGGACUAUACUAUCAUAGUUGAUGAAGAAGGCUUUUUAGAACUCCCAUCCUCAGAACACUUAAGCGUAGCAGAUGCAACAUGGCUAGCCCUUAACGUGGUCUCGGGAGGCGGUAGCUCAUCUAGCUCUCAACCAAUUGGAGUGACCAAAAUUGCCAAAUCGGUCAUUGCACCGUUGGCAGACCAGAACAUCUCUGUGUUUAUGCUAUCCACCUAUCAAACAGAUUUCAUAUUGGUACGCGAGAGGGAUCUGCCAUUUGUAAUGCACACGCUGGCAGCAGAAUUUACUAUAUUGCAGGUGGUGAAUGGAGAGACUGUGGCUGCUGAUAAUCUUGGAGUAACAAAUGGAUUUGUGAAACCCAAGCUUGUUCAGAGGCCAGUUAUUCAUCCACUUUCAAGCCCCAGCAAUAUGUUCUGUGUUACCAGCCUGGAUCCAUUUACACUUCCAACUGUGACUACACUCCUAAUGGAUGUUAUGUUUUACUCCAAUGGAGUAAAAGAUUCGGUGGUGGGCAGUGAAGAAUCUGGUCAUAUCCGCUUCUUCUCUUUUUCCCUCAUUGAGGGCUACAUUUCCUUGGUGAUGGAUGUACAGACGCAGCAGAGGUUUCCUAAUAAUUUGCUGUUUACAAGUGCGUCGGGCGAGCUUUGGAAGAUGGUUCGUAUUGGCGGACAACCUCUUGGUUUUGAUGAAUGUGGGAUUGUUGCACAGAUCUCAGAACCUUUAGCUGCUGCUGACAUACCUGCCUAUUAUAUCAGUACCUUUAAGUUUGACCAUGCACUGGUACCUGAAGAAAACAUCAAUGGUGUCAUUAAUGCGCUCCAAGUCAGCCAAGCGGAGAAGCGUUAGAAGUCUUCUGCCUUGUUGCUGUUUUUUUUGUUUUUGUUUUCUGUGCAGUAUUUUAAGACAAGCUGAAUCUCAAGAGGUGCCAUGAAGGACGAAAGACACUGAAUUGGAGAUGAAUAUGAGAAUCUCCAGAAAGUUUUUUUUUGUUUUCUUUUAUUCACAUAUGGUUUCUCUGUUUAGUUCCAAAGUGAUCUGUAACCUUCCUGCUAACUUGGUAUAGGACAAAAAAAAAAAGAAACAAGAAAAGGAAAAAAAAAAUGGAAAAAGGAAAAAAGCUAAAAAAUUGCAUUGCACUGUUGCAUUUAGUUAUUACUGAGAUGCAGUGAAGCCUUGGCUGUAGAUGUAUGAUCUGCACCUUUAUAGAUGAGUGUGAAAGUUUCAUUCGAAAUUGUCUUUGUGGAGAGGAAUGAACAUCACACAAUGGUAAAGAAUAUUGCACUGUAUUCAUCUAUUCUUCUUGAAAUGGUGUCAGACUUGCAUAAAGAUUGUAUUAUCAUAACUAGUACUACAUAUUUAAAUAGGUCUCUCUAGCUUCUUACCCUUACCCGUUCCUGAGAGCAAUAGUUUAAGGGCUGCUCCUGCCUGGAACAUGGAUGGAAAGUGAUGAUUGGAGGUGAUUGUCAUCAGUUAAUCUCACUGUAAUUUCCAUGUAGAAAUGAAAGAGGGAGUGUUGGCAGCUUUGUAUAAUUCUCUGCACCUUGACUCUGCUUUUACCUCCUUUUUAUUUCUUUGCAUGGUGAAUUGUGCUGUUUUAUUUUCUAUAUUUUUGUAGUGACUCUUUGGUCUAAAAGAGCCUUCUGGAAGUUUUUAAAAUUGUGAGCCAUGUCCAUGCUUUUCAUGCAAGCCACAAUCCUCUCUUUAGCCUUGCUUUGAAAGCUGCCUCUAAGGCAAAACAAGUGCUUCAUUGUUGGUAAAAAAAAAGAAAACCAUUGUUUUAGCAGUUCAUGAAAGUGAUUUGUUAUCAGAUUUUUAUUAAUUGCUGAAUGAAAAAGAACCAUUUUGCAUGUCCAGAGUUCUUUGUCCUAAGCCUACAUUUUCAAUGUUACACUACAAGCACUAGACUAACCCUUUAUAUACUGUACUGUCACCUUUAUCUUUUGCAAACACCUGCCUUGAAGCUCUUGCACCUUGUAAGGAGAGAUUUACUAAAUUAUAGUAAAUGUGUAUAAAUUUAUGGCAAAUCACCAGAUUCAUGCUCCGUGCAUGAAUGGAAUACAUUUCCCAGAUUAAAGUGAUUUCCAGAAUAACAUGUACUGGUCACCUUUUACCUACUUAUUGGAGGCUGACAAUUUGUAAGCUGAUCCAAUGUUUCUGAAAACUCACCCUACCAAUUUGUUGUAGUGUGAUUUAAUUGGUUCCUAAGGAACUUAUAGCGUCAUCCUCACAAAUAUUGGAAAAGUCCAUGUUGUGGAGGAGACUAGAUCACAUAAAAUACAAUGUGGCCACAAUUAAACUGAAAAUAUUCAGGGUCGCGCAUCUUAAUGCAGGAAUUGAGCAGAAAAAUAUAAGUAGCUAAUUAGCAUAUGCAAGAAAUUGUGUAUGGCCCUUGGUAGAGGCUGUUGGACUAUUGUGACAAGCUGUUAAAGGGUCUCUCAAAAUGAACAGUCUGAAGCCUUUGCAAGGGUGGCACCUUGCCAAUUCUGAAUUAUGUAAUCAACUGUACUUAAAUCAUUAUCCAUUCUGAAAUUAACAGUGACUGUUGCAGUAGGCUAGGAGCUUUUGCCAGGAUCCACACCCAAAUUGGAUGUUUCCUCAAAUGUAAUGUUUACAAAGUAUUUUCAGUUUUUUGUUAACGUUGAACUCAAUGGUCAUAAAAACACUAAUUAUUACAGUUAUGGAUUUAAUUAAAAACAUUUUUUUUUUAAAUAUAACUAGUGUAAGUACUUGAAUUUGACUUCAUAUCAGACCUUUGCAAGCAUUUAUACAACAGCAUUCAGAUUCAGACUGGGAGGGGUGGAAUUGGGAGCCAGUCAGGUGUACUUACUACAGUGUUCUGAGACGGAACAUGUUGAAGUCCGAAGAUAGCAGAGGGAUGGGGUCACCAGUCUACUGUUGCUCCACUAUUGCCUAGUCACAUGCUUGGGGCAAGAAGGUGACCAAGCUUUGUUGUUUACCCGCAGUAGAGAAACGUGUCACAAAGCCAACUAUGCUGUCAGGCAAAACUGUGUAGAUCCUAGGAUAAAUGGACAUUAAUACAAAUCUUUUGUUCAGUUACAAAUAUCCUAUAUGUGUAUUUCAUUGUGUAGUAAACCUUUGUUUGGAAUUUACUUUAACAUUUUGCACCAGUUUUCCAUCUGGCCCUCCUGUUAGAUCAUCACCCUGAAUACGGUCAGUUUAAUUCUGGCCAUCUUGGAAUAUGUGUGGCCUGCCACACCUGUAUGCAAUAACAGUUUGCACCAGUGUAAAUCUUAAGUCUGAAAAUGUAUUUGCAUUGUAAAAUGUAAUUUUGUGUCCUUGGACAUCAUGUUUAAUCCCUAGUAUCAAUGAGAGGCGAACCGUUUGGUCAGGGUUGGGUUUGCUUCUAUUAUAAUGUAUAAAGAAUUUUUCUGCACUGGUCAUAAAUGAUUACUAAUCCUGAGCAACUUGGCUUACCAAGAGCAUAGAGUACAUUACAUUUUCAUGCAUCUAUUUCUGUACUGUAAGAUCAUAUUGGACCUAAUUUUUAACAUAGCUGUUUAAACUUUUACAACUCAUGUUUAUAACAUAUCAUGGCAAGUCCAGGUAAAUGUCCUCACUUCUAAAUAGCAGUCUGCUGCUAAAAAUGUCAUAUCUUAAUUAGAGGAGUUUUGUUAGGAAUGCUUGGGCUUUCUGUAACUGUAUUUUGUUUGCAUGUUUCAAAGCAUACAGUAUAUCCGAAAUUUUGCAGUAAAUGGGUUAAAAAUGCUGACAAGUCAUUUCAUUAGGCAUCAACUAAGCUAAAAGCUAGGAUAAAAACUCACUUCAAGUUGUCAUGUGGAAGUCCUUUAAAUUAUUUCCUCCCUAGCCCCACUUUAUAUAAAAAAAAAGGGCUUUAGUUCAGUCAUGUGAUAGACAUUCUCCCAAAUAUAGUUGUGCGGGCUUAACUUUUACAUGCAGGCAAAAAGGUAAAUAUAAAAUGUACACAAAAGUUUAUUUUUGAGCACACAAAAACUAAAAAUACAUUCAAGCAUUAUUUUUUAUUAAUGAAGGCCUCAUGCACACUACUGCCUAAAGAUGCAGUGUUUUUACGCAUAGUUUUAUUUUUUUUUAACUUACCUAAAUGCAGCCCAUUGUUUUUAAUGUGCCUGUAUCACAGGCACAUAAAACAUGUGCUGCAUAUAGAUGAGUAGAAAAAAUCCUGAAAUCUGGUCAGUAUUUUGUGCAUGUACGUGGAUAUGCAUGUAAAAUGCUGAUUUGAAGAGGUCAAAUAAAGAGCUAGAAAUUAUUUUACACGUGUAUGUGCAAAUACACACAAUAUAAACACAAGACAUUUUGGCCAGGAAUACUAAUGUUCAAAGAUCAGUACGAUAUGCAAGUACCAUAAAAAAAAAAAGUAAUUUUCCCAGACACUUUAGGGUUUUAUAACCUUUCUGUAUUGCAAGAUGGCAAUGGCCAUACAUAUAUUCUCUGUUCUACAAGUACCAUAAAAAAAAAAAGUAAUUUUCCCAGACACUUUAGGGUUUUAUAACCUUUCUGUAUUGCAAGAUGGCAAUGGCCAUACAUAUAUUCUCUGUUCUACAAGUACCAUAAAAAAAAAAAGUAAUUUUCCCAGACACUUUAGGGUUUUAUAACCUUUCUGUAUUGCAAGAUGGCAAUGGCCAUACAUAUAUUCUCUGUUCUACAAGCUUUAAAAAAAAAUAUUAUUUUGAUUGCUCUCCUCUACAAGAUGCAGGGAGGAACACACACAUUGUGGGCUGUGAAAAACAGACAAAUUGUAGUAGUUGUAGAAUAUGCUUGGAUCAUUUUUUGUCUGUUAUCAGUAAUGUACUAUGACCUCUGAGGCCCUAGAGAAGCAUCAUUAACUAUAAUUUACUAUACUUCAUCCAAAAAAUCACAUUAUGAUUCUUUGUGCAACUUUCAUAAUGGCCAGUGCCACCACAGUGCUUACUCCACACUUUUCCUGCAAUUGUUGAGUCAUUCAUAAAUGGUAGGGUGUAUUGUGGAGUCCUCUGUGUUUUUCAGAUUGUCAUCUGCAUAACACAGCAGAGAACAUUCCAUAGUGGAAAGAGAGCUCAGUCAUAUGGUUUUGACAGGUCAUGGGCAGACUCCUCCUCCUCAUGACACUUUUAUUUUCCUCCAUACAUUUUAAUAUUCCAAAGCAAAUGUUGGCCCAUAUAGGGCUUAUUUGUAAAGCACACAGCCAUGCCACAAGUUUUUCUUUUUUUUUUUUUUUUUAGGUACGAUCAGGCUGCUGCUUUUUGAAUGGGCCUUAAGGUUUUACCCUGCCAGUAAAAAUAAAACCGCUGAUAUAGACUUAAAGCUUUGAAUUUUGUAGAGAUAGACCUCACAUCUAAUGGCUUCCUCCAUUUAUUUAUUUUAAACAAACCAUUUUUUGUUAGUCUAACUUUACACAUUCUAAUUUGCUGGGGAUUUAUGAGGAAUGCUUCUAAAGUGCAUCAUCGAGAGCUUGCUUACACGAGAGAAUCAAGGCUAAAAGUGCUGCCCCUCCUUCUGAAAAUGCUAGAAGCUUGACUGUCAUGAUGAUCCCUUUGCUUCAGUACUUCAGUCCCUGAAUGGUUUGUUAAUUUUGUUUCAGGCCAGUGACCAAAAGAGCAUUCUAACCAGAGUCUCAGGCAUUUUCUGAGGGAGGUCAGCAAUGGCAACCCCCAUAUAUCGUAAAAGGCUUUUUCUUAACGUGUUUUUGUUAUUUUUGACUCAGAGGAGGCAUCAACAACAUUUUAUGCAAAUAAAGACCAAUAUUAAAUUUGA